AUGGGGAUAUACACAACGCUCCCCCAAGAGAUUCAAGAAGUGGACGUGAUUAUUGCCGGAGGUGGCACAGCUGGUUGCAUUGUCGCGUCAAGGCUCGCUGAUGCGGAUCCAGAGCUGUCAGUUCUCAUCAUAGAGAGCGGCCGCGACAACUACAAUGUCCCCACUGUAGUCCACCUUGUACUUUGGCGUGGCAAUCAUGCGCCCGAGGAACCCCGAAUAUACAUUCACAAGGCCGUCAAGGAAGAGCAGCUGGCAGGCCGAGAGUCCAUGGUGCUAGUGGGCAACAUGCUCGGGGGCAGCUCUUCCAUGAAUCUCAUGAUGUACACACGAGCUCAGCGGUGUGACUACGAUUCGUGGGGAGUAAAGGGCUGGAGUUCCGAUGAUCUGCAUCCAUACCUGCAAAAGUUCCAGACCUAUCACGGACACGGCAAAAGCGAGAACCAUGGACACGAAGGACCCAUUCAUGUGUCUGGUGGGCCAUUUCGCUCAACAGAGGCUGAGAGCGAUUUCAUUGCGGCCAUGCAGCGAGUCGGAUAUCCCGAGGUUGAAAACUUGCAAGACUUCCAAUCAGUUGGUGUUGCACCCAUACAGAAAUACGUGUCUCCCGAAGGCCAGAGACAGGAUGUCGCACACACGUAUCUACACCCACGACUUCAGGACGGAAAACAUGCGAAUCUCCAUGUUCUGGUUGAAUCGCAGGUUGUUCGUGUGACCUUCGACGGCGACAAGAGGGCCUCAGGGGUCGAGUUUCGGCCCAAUCCAGCAAUGCAGUCAACUUCCGUUGAAGACCCCGUCGGAGCUGUGAAGGCUAGGAAGCUGGUCGUCAUAUCCUGUGGCACUCUCAGCACGCCGUCGGUCCUUGAGCGGUCUGGGGUGGGCAGUACAGAGGUUCUCCGAGAGGCUGGUGUCGCCGCGAUCGCCCACCUGCCCGGGGUUGGCCAUGACUACCAGGACCACAACAUGAGCAUGUAUGCUUACAAGUUGGGCGUUGGUCCUGAGCUCACUUUCGAUGCCAUUCAAUUUGGAAACACCAGCAUUCCGGAGCUGAUUGCUAAGAAGGAUCAGAUACUGGGAUGGAAUGGCAUUGAUGCCUCCUCCAAGAUUCGACCAACUGAAUCGGAGGUCGACGCUCUUGGGGCCGAUUUCAGAAAAGCCUGGGACAGGGACUUCGGAAAGACACCCAGCAAACCGCUUGCCUCCAUGAUCUUCAUCGCAGGUCUGCUAGCUGAUCGGGCUUAUGGGAGUCAAGCCGCGCCUGGCAAUACUUCUCUAUUGGCAUCUAUACGACUUAUCCAUACUCUCGCGGAACACAUCACAGGCCCAGACGUGAAUGAUCCGCCUUGCUUCCGCACCGGGUUCCUCAGCGACGAGCACGGACUGGACCUGAAGGCACAGGUCUGGGCUUAUAAGAAGCAGCGUGAAAUCGUGCGCAGGAUGACACUACACCGUGGAGGGCUCACCUACAGGCUCCCGAAGUUCCCGCCUGGUUCUCCUGCAUCUUAUGACGUCGAGGUGGCCGAUGGUGUUGCACCGGAUGUGGUCGAAGAUCUCGAGUACACUCCUAGCGACGAUGCGAUCAUCGAAGAUUGGAUUCGCCGCAAUAUGACGACGUCCUGGCACGGACUGGGGACGUGCAAGAUGGCGCCGCGGGACGAGAUGGGUGUGGUGGACGAGGCGCUCGGCGUAUAUGGAGUCUCCGGACUGAAAAUUGCAGAUUUGAGUAUUGUGCCGGAGAACGUCUGUGCGAACACGAUGAAUACGGCUUUGAUGAUAGGAGAGAAGGCAGCCGAUAUCUUCAUUCGAGAGUUGGGUCUGGCUCAGUAG